UCUUAACGCAUAUGCACCAUUCCAGUUUGACAAAAGAAGUCGUGACCAACUUACAAAAUGAAGCCUCAUCUUGUGACCAUUGCAAGUCUUGUUUUCCUGGCUCCCUUUUUGGUCAGCGGCCAAUAUGACCCCAACUGGGAGAGCAUCGACAGCCGACCAUUGCCCCAAUGGUUUGACGAUGGCAAGGUCGGCAUUUUCAUCCACUGGGGCCUGUACAGCGUCCCGUCGUACAUUAACGAAUGGUUCUGGUGGAGUUGGCUUGGCGAUAACUCGGAAGCACAUGAUAACUACAUGAAGCAAAAUUUUAAACCUGGAUUUGCUUACGAGGAGUUCGGACCCAUGUUUACAGCGGAGUUUUAUGAUCCAGUCCAGUGGGCUGACCUAUUUCAAAAGUCUGGAGCAAACUACGUAGUACUGACGUCGAAGCAUCACGAAGGAUUUGCAAUGUGGCCCUCGUCUUAUGGAUUUGCUUGGAAUGCAAUGUCCGUUGGGCCAAAAAGGGAUCUUUUGGGGGAGUUGGAAGUCGCAGUCAAGAAUACAGGCAUACACUUUGGAAUCUAUUAUUCCCUUCUGGAGUGGUUCCAUCCAUUGUAUGAUCAGGAUAAAGCAAACAAUUGGAACACCAGUCAACUACCUCAGAUGAAAUCCAUACCUGCAUUAAAAGAAGUGAUAACAAAAUACAAGCCUGACGUCAUAUGGAGUGAUGGCGAGUGGGAGGCUCCCGACACAUAUUGGGAUUCUGUCGGUUUUCUGGCCUGGCUUUAUAACGAAUCUCCAGUAAAAGACAGUGUCGUCGUGAAUGAUCGCUGGGGUUCGGACACGCGAGGGAAACACGGAGGGUUUUAUAACUUUGACGACCGCUACAAUCCGGGUGUUCUAAUUCCACAUAAGUGGGAAAAUGCCAUGAGUUUAGAUAAGCGAGCGUGGACCCACAGGAGGGAAGCCGUGCUUUCAGAUUAUCUAACCCCACAUGAACUUGUGGACCAACUCAUCGCCACAGUCUCCUGCGGAGGAAAUAUUCUGGUCAAUAUUGGUCCAACUAAAGAAGGUACGAUUCCCAUCAUUGCCCAGGAACGAUUGCUGCAAAUGGGGGAGUGGUUGGGAAUUAACGGAGAAGCGAUUUAUGCUACUGUUCCAUGGACUUAUCAAAACGACACCGUUACCCAAGGGGUUUGGUACACUUCGAACAAGGAUAUCACCAAACUUUAUGCUAUGACUACAAUCUGGCCUGAUGACGGUACCCUUCUUCUCGGAGCGGUCACACCUGCACAAGCUGGUAGUUUGCAAAUGCUGGGCUCUCCUGCAGAAAAUUUGCAAUGGAGCCCAGCCACGCCAUCCGGUAUUCGGGUUACCUUGCCGCCAAUGAAUAGAAAUAGGUCAAAAUGGGCCUGGACAAUUGUUGUCAAUUUAUUAACUUCUUAAAUGAGGCUUAUGUAAAAAAGAAAUAGAAUAAAUAGUUCUAUUUUUCUCCAUGUUGAGCAUAAAA